GUUAAGCAUUCAGCGGCCAGCGUCUGUCCUGGUCCUCCCAGCGGAAAGUCUGACCACACUCAAUCAUGACGACUUAUAGCAACAAAGGAGAGAAGCCUGAGAAAGGCCGAUUCCUCCACUUCCACUCCGUGACCUUCUGGGUUGGCAACGCCAAGCAGGCUGCGUCAUUCUACUGCAAUAAGCUGGGCUUUGAACCUCUAGCCUACAAGGGCCUGGAGACGGGUUCCCGGGAGGUGGUCAGCUACGUGAUCAAGCAAGGGAAGAUUAUUUUUGUCUUCUCCUCCGCCCUCAACCCUUGGAACAAAGAGAUGGGCGAUCACCUGGUGAAACACGGCGACGGAGUGAAGGACAUCGCCUUCGAGGUGGAAGAUUGUGACUACAUCGUGCAGAAAGCCCGGGAACGGGGCGCCAAAAUCGUGCGGGAGCCCUGGGUCGAGCAGGAUAAGUUUGGGAAGGUGAAGUUCGCUGUGCUGCAGACGUAUGGGGACACUACACACACCCUGGUGGAGAAGAUGAGCUACGCCGGCCGCUUCUUGCCUGGAUUCGAGGCCCCAGCAUUCAGGGACCCGCUACUCUCCAAGCUGCCCAACUGCAGUCUUGAGAUAAUCGAUCACGUCGUGGGAAACCAACCUGAUCAUGAGAUGGAGUCGGCCUCAGAAUGGUACCUGAAGAACCUGCAGUUCCACCGUUUCUGGUCUGUGGAUGACACGCAGGUGCACACAGAAUACAGCUCUCUGCGUUCCAUUGUGGUGGCCAAUUACGAGGAGUCCAUCAAGAUGCCCAUUAAUGAGCCAGCGCCGGGCAGGAAGAAGUCUCAGAUCCAGGAAUACGUGGACUAUAACGGAGGCGCUGGGGUCCAGCACAUUGCUCUCAAGACCCAUGACAUCAUCACAGCGAUUCGCCACUUGAGAGAGAGAGGCAUGGAGUUCUUGGCUGUUCCGUCCUCGUACUACAGACAACUGCAGGAGAAGCUCAAGUCGGCCAAGAUCCGGGUGAAGGAAAGCAUCGAUGUCCUGGAGGAGCUGAAAAUCCUGGUGGACUACGAUGAGAAGGGCUACCUGCUGCAGAUCUUCACGAAGCCCAUGCAGGACCGGCCCACGCUCUUCCUGGAAGUCAUCCAGCGCCACAACCACCAGGGUUUUGGAGCCGGCAACUUCAACGCACUGUUCAAGGCUUUCGAGGAGGAACAGGAUUUGCGGGGCAACCUCACCGACAUGCAGACCAACAACCUGGUGCCGGGCAAGUAGGCCCCGCCGGGCCCCGCACGGUGGGCCACGCCCCCUAGUCCUGGAACACGCCCACCCACAGGCCCGGACGAGCAAGCCCUCCUUACUGGCCACUCCCUUUAGACCCCGCCCACCAGCCGGCUCCGCGGCCUCCCAAGGCUCCGCCCACCCCCACCCCUGACCACGCCCCCAAGCUGGGCCCUCCCUGCUCCCGCCCUCUAGAAUAAAGCAUACCGGGGUGCUG